AUGGACGCAAGACAAAGAAUUAUUGCGCAAAAAAUAAUUUCCGAUGUUUUAUUUUACGGAAAAUUAGGAAGGCUUACGGAAAACUGUACCUUUCGUGCACCAACCCACCAACAUUCAGGCAACAGUUUUCAAAACUUCUAUGAUUAUGGGCAAAAUCCUACCACUUACUAUGGAAAUCAGUUUGCAACACAACCAGCCACACUAGUUUCUCACCCACAAAAUAAUACGCUCUAUCAACAGUCAACCAUACCAGUUUUACAGCCGCCAGUUACUCAGCUACAUGAUACACUCUUUCAACAACCAGCCGCACUAAUUUCGCAUCCUUCAGUUACUCAGCUAAAUGAUCCACCCUCUCAACAACCAGCUAUACAAGAAUCUAAUCUUCGAGUUACUCAGAUUCAACAUGAGCAACCCAGUACAUCAUCAAAAAAUAAUACAAUAUAUUAUGAUACGAAUAAGUGUGACGUUUCCGAGUUUCUGCAACUUCAAAGCAAUAAAAAAUAA